AUGGCUUCAUACGAAAUGCAAGGAGCUACCUCCACCUCUCCUUCCUCGCAAAAGACCCCUCUCAAUAUCCACCAACUCAACCAAGAACGUCAUGUCAAGAAUAGAAUCUUUGGUUGCAGAGAACACAACCCAUGUGAAGCAAUAAUGUUCUUCUUGUUCAAGGUAAUCACAUUGGGACUUUCAGAACUCUUAUUCGUCAAUCAAAUUACUCGUUACGAAGUUAGAAAGAUGAGAAUUGGUAAUCGUCGUUUGAAUUAUGAUACUUCUCAUGGUUUUGGCAUUAUUUUUAGAUGUUUCUGGAAUAACAUGUUGAAUUAUUUGACGCUCGGCAUUUGGUACAUUAGUGGACAAAUGACAGUUCAUUAUUAUUCUCAUUUGGAUGAGAGAAUUCAUUGGGCAGAGGAGGUAAAGCCAAGAAAACCAACUCAAGAUGAAAAGAUGGAAGCAAGUGGAAGUUUUCCAAAUUUGGAUGAGUUUGUGGUUUGGCAACCUGAAAAUGAUUGUCGUGGAGUGAUUCGUUAUUAUGGUGUUCAUCUUGGAUGGCAAAGAGAAUUGUUAUAUACCUUGAUGAAGACUUGUGCUAUUUUGACAUUUGGUUUCUUAUAUCCUUUCGUCCACCAAUAUUAUAAUCCAAAGUUUUUGGAACAAGUUAGAUAUGGAAGAGGUCAAUUCGUUGUUAUUCCACCACAAGUUGCUUCUCAAUUGAGAGAAAGAAAUAAGAAAACUCAAAUCAAUUACAAUGUUCAAUAUAGCUCACAAUAUCCAAUCAUUGGUCAACCAAUUACUUCACCAGUUGAAAUGAGAUUCGAAUGGACUGCUGAUACUACUGAUAUGUUCUGUAGAUACUUCUUGGGUGCAGUUAUCAAUAAUUUCACAUUUGGUUUCUUCCGUUGUUGUUACUGGUAUUGGUACAUUUUCAAUUUUUACAAUGAUCACUCUUUUAUCAUUCUUGAUGGCAAGUCUCAUAUCUAA